AUGGUGACUGGCGGCAUAGCACGAUCAGCCGAACAGGCCACCCGCUACGUCUCUGAACCUUUCUCAGAAGCCUUUUCAGAGGUGCGGAACUGGGAUCUUGAGCCUGGCCGCCGCCAAUGGGCCGGGCACUUCCGAAACUUGAGGAUGCAACUUGACCUGGGAGAUGUCUCCAUUUAUCCCGGCACCUUGCCGCUGAUUCUCGAGGCACCACAUGGAGGCCGCAUCAAGGAGGGCUGGCCGGCUCGAGCAAGUGGUGUCUUGUUUGCCGACACGAACACCGACAUCUUCACGGAGGAGCUUUACUCGGAGAUUGGCUUGCGCUGUUCUGGCCGAUUUCCCAGGGCGAUCGUCUUUCGUGUGCACCGGCAAGGCAUUGAUGCCAAUCGGGCCACUGGCAAUGCCAGCCUGACUUUCCCAGAACUGGAAUCAUGCAUCAGCGAGAGCAAUGGGCAAUGCUGCUGUGACCUGCCGGACGUCGCGGACGCAGAUGUAGCUAUGACGUUGAAUGACGUCUACCACGAGCUCUUAGCGGAAGUAGUCUCCGGUGCUCCCGGCGCUCUACUGGUGGCGAUUCACGGAACUAGCCGGCAUCGGGUGGAGCUGGGACUUCGCUUGUCGACCUCCUCCUUGAACGAAGGAGCUGGCAACGUCCCUCCGUCCCUGCAGCAGUACGACGCCCGCUCGUCUCUACGAGCUCUUGGGAACGCCACAAGCAUGGCAUGGGGUCCCAAAAGCCUGGGAGCAUUCCUGGCGACGGCCAACCCCUCCCUGGAAGUGAUCCCUUCUCCGGAGCUUCCGUGCCCGGAUCCUGACACAUGCCCGGGAUCGACAUACGAGAGCUACUUCAUGGGAGGCCACAAUCUGAAGAUCCACGUCUCAGAUGAGCGGGCCGGACUUCAGGUUGAACUCCCGAAGGCCAUGAGGGGCUUCGGCUCGUCUCCACCUGCUCCCCUGGCUCCUUCGAUCAAGCAGCUUGGCGCUGCUUUUGCUUCCUUCCUGAACGCCCACUACGAGGAAGAUUGUGAGACAGAUGUCAACUUUGGUUUGGCAUGUGGCGAUCAUGGUGUUGCUGUGGCUGGCCGCUGUGUAUGUGAUGCGGGCUAUGAAGGUGAGGAUUGCUCCGGAUGCUCUCCGGAGCACAUUAGGGUGGGUUCUCAGUGCCUCAAUCUUGUUCUGCUGGCUCCUCCGGCUGACAUGACGCAGAAGUUCGGCUCGGCAUUCACCACCACGAGUUCUGGCAGACGCUACAUGUACACCCGGAAGUUCACUACCGACUUGACACGCUGUGGUGUUGCUGGCUGCCGACCUUUGAACGUGAGCCUCCGUGUGAGGUGUGACAGCAGUCAGUGCCACAGCGAUGUGGACGAUGCCUCCUACACCAUCGGCGCCGCCCUUUACAAUUCCACGGGGCACAAGCUUUGCAACGGGACGGUGGACCGAACCGUCGAAACUGAAAUCGAUUGGUGGCUUCAAGUUCCAAUUCCUUCCUGUCCACUUCUGCGUGAAGGGGCCCAGGCGGUCUACCUAUCGAUCUGGACCUCCAAGUUGAUCAAAGUGCGCUGGGAGCAGACGCCGGCACCGGCGGAGAUCAGCCGUGGGCUCACCUACAGGAGCGAGACAGAUGUGAUACCUCCUGCAGAGCUACCAACUUGGAGAGACGUACCCUGUGAAGGCGCACCUUGUGAUGGCCAGCAAAGCUGCGAUUGCAUCACCGGGUGCACCUGUCGCAGCUGGAGUCUGAACGGAGAGAGAAACUUUUAUGGCCUCAUGGCAAGGUUGAGCUUGCUACCGCUUCCAGUGUAA